AAGUAGAUAGUAGUAUUUCUUUUGGAUACAAAAGCCAAUCAGCCUUGUCAAACUACAAGUGCCCCAAAAUUCAAACCACCUAUUUAGCCUCCCCCUCUCUCUCCUUUUGACUCUGGGAACCAUCCUCUGAAAAUUUCCUUUUUCCCUCAGAAGUAUGUCAGUAUUCCCACAUCACAUUUGAAUAUUUGUCCUCUUUCCACAUUAAUCUUUCUUCUUUUUCCCCUUCUUUCCUUUCAAUAAUUGAACCAAGAAAACAAAAAACAAAAUUAAUGGCCAUUGAUAUGAUAUCUGAGGCUCCAAGCUUAGCCACAAGUCCAAGAAUCUCUUUUUCCCACAAUCUUUCUGCUACAAAUGUUAAUAUUCUUCACAACCCACAAGUCCAAGAACCUGUUCCUUCUAGUUCUGAAUUCGAUUUCUGCAUCAGCAAUACAGAAACUUCUUCAGCAGAUGAACUCUUUUCAGAUGGAUUAAUACGCCCAAUUCAACUUCAAGAUAAAUUUGUCAAUUCUUCAAAACAGACCCCUUUAUCAAAAAAGACUCAAUCUUUAGCCAAUUCUCUUCCACCCCUUCCUCAAAAUGAUCAAAACCCAAAAAAAGAAAUCAAAUCAGAACAACAAAAGAAUCAUUCUUUUUGGGGUAUUAAAAGAAGCAGUAGUGUUCAUUGUGUUAAUACACACAAGAAAAGCAGUUCAUUUUGGUCAUUACCUUUAUUAUCCCGAAGCAAUUCAACUGGUUCAGUACCAAAUUCCAAGAAACAGGGGACUCUGCAAUUAAAGCAGAUCAAGAAUUCAUCAACACCAGCAAGUUUUUACACAUUUCCAUCAUCUCAAAAGCCACCAUUAAGGAAGAAUUAUGGAGCAGCAGGGACUAAUUAUGGUAAUGGUAUUCGAAUUAGUCCAGUUCUUAAUGUUGCAUCACAAAAUCUAUUUGGAUUAGGGUCUCUGUUUCGUAAUGGGAAACAUAAAAAGAGUAAGAAAUGAUUUUGUUUGUACCAAUUACUAUAUGAAAUGCAUCACAGUUUGUUAUAGAUUCAAGAUUUCUUGAUUUUUUUGAGUCAUUUGAACAGAAGGAAAGAAACUGUAUUCUGAAUAUCUGCAGAAUUGGCACUAUUUUUGGCUAUCAUGAUGAUAACAAA